AUGAAGUCCAUCUUUCGCAAAAAUAGGCGUUCUGUGGCCUUGGGCCCUAGAGACGAUCUGGAUUCUCGUCAAGAGUACUCAGACCAACUGGAGACUCGUCUGGCCGUUUCCAGGCUGAACAACUUGAUUCGUUCGUUGGUGAUACCUUCGUAUGACUCUACCACGGCAGAACACGCGUGGAUUAACGCAGCUAUCAAUCAUCCAUCUCCAUUGGAGCUGCCAGAACUGGCCUUCAAGUUACUUCGAGCAGAGUUGAAAGGUUCCAUAUUGUACAUUUAUAGACCCCCAUCACUGCUCAAUGUGCGCCAGUUUCGGGCGGAAGCCACUGGCCGAAACACCGAUUCGCCCCUACCGUCGGCGCUGUCUCAAUCGUCAUCGGUAGCAACGGUCGUGGGCAAUCCUAAACAUUCAAGACUACCCUCCGCAGGCAGAUCCCUGACUGUAGCUGGCUCAUUGCCUUCCAGUCAAGCCGACACAUCCUCGACUUCCAUCAUGAGCUUCUCCAUGUCCAGCAGAAUUGCACCUUCAAAUGCUUCCCAAAACCCUUCCAACAAUCAAACAGCGCCCUCGGUGGCAUCAGCAAACACUAUGGUCCCUUCUGUUCUUGACGCGUCCCCUCAUAGUAAUGCCAUCAAGUAUUUGGACCGUCAAGUACCUCACCCUGAUUUGCACCUCGACUCACUGUCCAAUACAUUCAUGUCCAAUAGUUCUCCCGAGGCGCUAGUCCAUCACUUCUUAUUUUCGGAGGCUCCUUCUUCGCAAUCGCAACAAACCUCUGAUCAUGUCUCUCAUUUGAUAGUUGUCAUGCCAAUGCUUCCCAAUUUCAAGGAGAUCUUAGCUGUACAAUUUGCAAUGCUCGAGGCGAUAUUUGACGGAAAAUUUGGAAAAUUUUCAUCGUAUAAGACUUUUGUCGAUCGUUGUCUUGCUCUCUUUGACCAUAUUGUGAAACAAUUUGGCGGCUUUUUGUUGAAGAAAACAGAAGGUUCCUUGAUACUUAAGACUUUGCAGCUUUUUGAUCAACAUGCUCCGUCCAAUUCUGCUAGUGCCAUUGCCUUUUUCAAAUCUAGCAUGCUUACGAAACAACAAGAACUAUUGAAUCUUGUUAAUUUUGACUCCUUUACCACGAGUCAACCACCAGACCCAUUUUACGAAAUCAGCUCUUCGGUGUUUAUGAAUGAUGUGAAUUUGUUUGAGCUCGCUUCUCUAAUAACUGAGCUCGACUUGAAAUUUUUCAAAUCAUGGAAUUCAAGUAAUGACAAGUCACUUCUUCUAGCUACACUGAUUGCCGACAGCUCGUCCUCUGAUACAUUCUUCCGAAAGAAUCCAUUAGUGUUUAAUAAUGACACCCAAGUUCAUUAUUUAGCACGCCUACUCAUAUUUCACUUAUUUGCUGAAGAUACGAGUAAUAAAACAGGUGAACGUAGGGCUCGUAUUCUUGAGCGCUGGAUUGAUCUCGGAUGUCUACUUGACAAGUCCGGCAAUAUGUCUUCCUGGUUGGGAAUUGCGUCCAUAAUCUUAUCACAACCUGUCUUGCGUUUGAAGUCGGUGUGGUCGUAUGUCAGUGCGGAAUACAUCAAACUCUUGAGAAAUGACUGGUCGCCUGUACUAUUUGAACUUGACAGGCGGUUUUUGGCGACGACGAAUGAGAACCUUGACAUCAACAAACAAGGUUCUGUACUUCAUGGAGAGGAAACCGGUGAACUACUGACCUCUAAGGAGUCGUAUCAUAUAAUGGCACCUCGUGGUCUAGGAAGGAUCUAUUCAAAAGACACUGUCAUUCCGUAUUUUGGUGAUCUUCUCAUAAACAACACCUCACAUGGCGACCUUUCCAAUUUCGAAACAGUUUGGAAAAAAGUGAAUUAUUCAUUCGAUCGAUGGAAUGACUACUUGAAGAAUCUAUCAAAUAUAUCAGAUCUUAUUAACUACAAUCAGGAUGUGUUGCGCAGGUAUAAUUCUAUGGGCUUCAUCAUUUCUAACGAAAGUCUCAAUCAAGUUCUUUAUCUUGGUGUCCAUAAGGAUGAAGGGGCGUUGCCUUCAGCCGCGUCUGUUCCCAAAAAUGGUGCUUCUGUAAUGACAAGCUCUGAAACUAAGGACCUGCUACAAAAGGUGCUUUUGCGCUUGCUUGAAUUGAAUGAAGAAUCUACAAGUUUGUCUGAUGUCAUGGCUUGUUCUCUAAAGUUAGAGCCUGGAUUACCUGAGAAGUACAUAUCUGUUCCUGACGCAAAUGCCAAUGUCAGCGAUAUUCACAAGAUUCUGACCUUGAAUAUUUCAAGUGCUUCUUUGAAUUUUUCGUCUUCAGGAUUUUCGGCUUUCGGCAACGCUGAUUUGAGUGAAAGUGAUAUCGACUCUUCCCUGAGAACUAAGAAUAAGGAGACUUCACCGGAUGAGAAGUUACCAAGAUUCAACAAUCAGAAUUUCAAAAUUGACCUCGCUAGAUACGACGACCUUGUUCGCAGCUCAGUGGGCACUCCCGAGUAUCUCGUGGAGGAUAGCCAUAAAAUUGUCAUAAGUAAUGAACUCACACUUCGGGUAGAUGACUUCGUGCCCGAUUUUGAGACCUCUUCUCUUCUCACAUCCGAGGAGCGGCUCGAAGAAGACGAAGCGAUAAAUGGCGAUGACCAAGGACUUGGGAUUGACGUGGAUGAUAUACUCAAUUCUGACAAGUUUAAGAACCUUCUGAUGGCUGAGGAAAGCCGCGAGGACCCCCUGUCUCCAUCAAAGGAGAAAAGACAUCGCAGUUUUGGCUUGAUUUCACACUCAUCAAAUAACAGGGCUAGUCUGGUCAGAGUAUCGAAAUAUAUUCCUCGUUUUGCAACUCUUGAUGUUCUUAUUGAUCUAUUAUUGAUCGAUUCAUCUUAUUUUGACGUGCGAUACUCCAUUGAUCUCACGGAAUUUCGCUUCGUAUUCCUUCUCAAUUACACUUCAUUCAUGACAACCAAGGAGCUUCUUGAUAGUUUAGCCCAUCGCUUCGUCAAUUCUGGAAAUGCAGUUAUUUCUAUCAUGAAGAAGAGAUUUUUACUAAAGAGGGGUGAAUUUGAUCCCCUAAUGUUUGGGAAAUUUCCCAACUGGGACAUUGAUGAAAACGUGAAGUUGACGGACUUGGGCGAUGUUGAUUAUGAAUUACUUUUAAAAAUCCAGAUUAAUAUUUUGAAGGUUCUUUUGGUUCUCUUGAAUAACUUUUACACGAGCUUCGCAUAUGACUUGACGAACAAAAGAUCAAUGAUUAAGUUCUUCAAAUUAUAUACCAAUGAGAUUCUUCAGUGGUAUAAUUCCAACAAAAUUGAUCAAAAUUCAGACAGGUAUUUUGAGGAGUUGGUAACUUGCUAUAAGAAGUUGAAGAAGUUGUUCGUCAAGAAAACCUAUAGGCCUAUGGAGAACCUGAAGUUUGAGGAGUUCCUAACUCAUGAGUUUAGGUUCACAAACUCAUUGCAUGAUGUCCCCAUGAACCGCAAUUUACCGAGCCAUAAAAACGUUCACAAGAUCGAAAAGUUCAUUCAUAAGUUCAACAAGUUGCUUACCGUGUUUUACAAAGGCAUCAACCCAGAAGACUGGUUCAAAGCUUUCGAUCUUCUCGAAAACCAAUUGGAGAACUUUUCUCUCAUGAACUAUACGAUUACAAAGGCUGCUAGUGAGGAGCAUGUGCAUAUCUCGAAUAUAUUCACCUACUUUGAUAGCUUAAGAGAUGCAUCUGAUAACGAGUUUUUGAUUGCAAAAUUUCCCCUUGUGUUCAGAAAACUAUUUCAGUUGUAUCACAAGUUUAAGUGUUAUCUUUACAUCCAGCUUUGCGAUCCGAACAUUUCAGUGGAAGAGAGGCUUGAUCGGAUGAAAACAUUAUUGAUUAUGGUCAAGAUUUCGCAGAUGAAAAUGGGAGAUACCCAAUUUGUUUUCGAAGGGAACUCUGGUAGUAUUCCUUCUUGUAUCGAAAGUGCUAUUGUGCAUGUUAUCUAUCACCCUGCAAGCCGACAACUAUCAUCAUUAUGGAUGAAGGCUUCCAAUGCACUCAAUUCAUCAUUUCAAGAUGGCAGUCAUCAAAGCUCUUAUAAAGAUAUUCGAAGCCUCUUACCAGUGAACUUAAAAAGCAGUGACAUGCUCCUGGCUCAUGAGCCUCUUCUUCCUUGCUUCGGUUGGAUCUUUGAGCUCCUUCUCGAAGUGAACAAGUGUCCAAACUUUUACAGGAACCGCAUUAAUUUCAACAAGCGCUACUUGAUCUAUAAACUCAUCAAAGAACUAAGCGUGGAGGAUGCGGAUGAUACACAUCUCGAGGCGGGAGAGUUUGACUUCUUGUUAAAACUUGAUGAAUCGUUAUGUCAGUCGAUAAACGUGAAUGAUAUAAUGAUACAGGAUCGCCAUAAACCUUCUUUGUUCGGACCAAUGGUGAAAGCUCAGCUACAAAUCAAUGAGGCUGAGGCAAUAAAGAAGGAGGGCAGGUUAGCCAGGGAUGCCACGGAAGAUAUGACGGGUGUCAGAAGCCGAAGACAAGCCAACAGCACGAGAAGGCAUUCGCUCAACUACAAAACAAAUGCAACUUCGAGGUUCAAAAUUAGUGGUUUGUUCAAUAGGCUCAAUAAUGCGGGCAACGAAAGAGUUGUGGAUUACCGAGAACUUCCCGACGUUAGUUCUGUUGCUGACCUCAAAAGUAAGCCAUUGCACACGAUCUAUCUUAAGGACUAUCAAAUUUUCCCAGUUUAUCUGCUUACUUACUGUCUCAAACUUACUUCCGAAACAGGAGACGUGGUUUAUCUAAAGGCACCAACCGAAGAUGCAAUGAGGGGCUGGUCCUCAAAGUUAGCAUUUGCUAACAGACAUUGGUUCUUUUCAAAGACUUUGAAUAAUAAAUGGGCCUCACCUACUACGACAUUCAAUAUACCUCUCGAAACUGUUUGUUCAAGAGAUAGAGAAAAAGCACCUGUUCUUUUGAACUCCAUUUACGCAGCAAUCGAAAAAGAGGGGCUCAACGAUGUGGGAAUAUACCGUAUAAGUACUUCAUUGUCAGAGCUCACCGCUCUCAGACAAGAGAUUGAUCGAACUGGAACGAUUGAUUUUGAAGCAAGACACAUCGACGUCCAUGCACUCACCAGUUGCGUCAAACUCUUCUUCAGAGAAUUGCCCGAUCCUAUCUUGACGGACGAUGUUAUCAGAGACUUGUAUCAGCUCAAAACAGACAAUGAUCUCCUCACGGAUGCAAUGUCUGAAGAAGAUUUUUUUGCUGAACCAUUUGCAGCUAUGUUGAAGAAGUUGCCGCACUACAAUUACUACACUAUCAAGGCGUUGACAGGGCAUCUCCAUCGAAUUACGUGUCACAGCGACAAAAAUAAAAUGACUGCUUCUAAUUUGGCCACUGUCAUCGGACCAGCACUCACAGAAGCCAGCUCGGCGGAAUCGCUUGUUAGCAACUUUGGGUUUAUCAAUUUCGUCAUGGAAAAACUCAUCUGUCACUGGACCCUGAUCUUUAAUUACGUCGAAAAUGAAUAA